UUGGCGCAUGCGCGUAGUAUUAAAAAGUAGGUUGCGUUUAUUUCUUCGCAAGCCACGAAGAGUCAUCGCUGCUGUAUCUUCUAGUUUGUAUUUUGUUUAACGGCAGUCUUAACUUUUAUAUCAUCCCGUAAUUACUUUCUGCGUUUUUCCGUUGGAGUCAAGAUGCAGCUGUUCGUGCGCACUCAGAACACCCACACUCUUGAGGUGACUGGGCAGGAGACUGUCCGAGACAUCAAGGCCCGGGUCCAGGCCCUGGAGGGGCUGUGCGUGGAGGAGCAGGUGCUGCUGCUGGCCGGCGCGCCCCUGGAGGAUGAGGCCGUGCUGGAGCAGUGUGGGCUCACGGAACACUGCACCUUGGAAGUGGCAGCCAGGAUGCUCGGAGGUAAGGUCCAUGGUUCCUUGGCUCGAGCUGGCAAGGUGCGAGGACAGACGCCAAAGGUGGACAAGCAGGAAAAGAAGAAGAAGAAGACAGGCCGGGCCAAGCGGCGUAUCCAGUACAACCGCCGCUUCGUGAACGUGGUGCCCACAUUCGGCAAGAAGAAGGGGCCCAAUGCCAACUCUUAAACCCCCAGCACUACUAGAGCAGCAACACCGGUGUGCUGGUUUCCAGUGGCUUUCUUGGUCAGACUCUGGACUUGUUGAUUCAACUCUUGUACUGCUUACAGAUUCUGCACAAAGACCCAUCUGCUAAAAAAACACGGAUAAAGAGAAAUUAUUUACUGUAGUUCAGUGCUGAAUUAAAAUUCCUUUUUAAUUUCACUCUAAAUUAAGAGUAUGAACUUGAAUAUGGUGUCAGUCACUGCUCUUGGUAGAUCAUGAGGUGUUCUUUUCUUAAAUAAAGUGCAUGAUAUAAUAUAUUCUA